AUGUCUCGCGAACCCAGGGAAACAGGAUCUAGGUGUUGCACAUCUAUAGGAGACGCAGAUGUUGUGCCUUCCCCUCUAGGCCAGUUGUCAUCAGAGACCCAGGAAAUUUUCGAUGCUUGCCGUCUAGGCGACCUGUCUCGUGUUAUAGCGUUUCUUGACAGUGGUGUUCCCGUAAAUGUCAAAGAUACCACUGGUAGAAAAUCAACGCCACUGCAUUUCGCGGCGGGGUAUGGUAGACUGGACGUCGUUGAGCUCUUACUUAUCAGAGGUGCUGAUGUUUCAGCAAAAGACGACGGAGGCCUGAUACCGCUGCACAACGCCUGCUCAUUUGGCCACACCGAUGUUGUCCAAAUGCUACUAGCGGCAAAAUCUGAUCCCAAUGCUCAGGACAAUUGGCACUACACACCUUUGCACGAGGCUGCCAUCAAGGGUAAAGUCGAUGUUUGCAUUCUGCUUCUCCAGGCCAAGGCCGAUCCGCUCAUGAAAAAUCUUGACGGCAAGACACCUCUUGACUUUGCAAAGGGACCCACUGCCUUGGUGUUGGUUGGCGAUUUUCGCAAAUCCGAACUCCUGGAGGCUGCUCGAAUGGGGAAGGAGGAGAAGUUGAUUUCUUUGCUGACACCCCAGAACAUAAAUUGCCACGCCGAUGACGGUCGAAAGUCCACUCCUCUUCAUCUGGCCGCGGGCUAUAAUAGGUGCGACAAGGGUGGUCUCAUUCCCCUGCACAACGCCUGCUCCUACGGUCACUUGGAGGUGUGCGAGAUGCUGAUCGCGGCGGGCGCGGCCGCCGAACAGGUCCACGCCGCCGAUCUCUGGCAGUACACACCGCUGCACGAGGCCGCGAGCAAAUCGCGCGCCGAGGUGUGCUCGCUCCUAUUGGCCCACGGCGCAGAUCCCCACCAGGCCAACAUCUACGGCAAAACCGCCGUCGAUUUGGCCCCCACCGCCGAUCUCAAGGAGCGCAUCACCUACGAACACCGAGGUCAGUCCGUCCGGUGGGGUAAUGCAGGGUUUGGUGGAGUUCCCUGGGAGCGACAUCUGCUAUUAGACAGUUGUCGUCGAUGCGACCUAUGCCUUGUGCGACGUCUCCUAAAUUCCCCCCAACCACCGUCGGAUGUCACCAAGUGCCAUGCCAGCGCAGACCAAGCCUGUUCACCUCCAACGCCUCCUGAUCACGCUCUUCCCUCCAUACCUGGCGAGUCGUCGUCGUCGAUUGCGUCGACUAAAACCACCAACCAACCACCCUCUUCAACGCCCGAUCUCAUUCACUUUCGACACCCCUUCACCGGUGAUACCACACUUCACGUGGCUGCAACCGCUUCCAUGAAACUCGACGGAAGGGAGGAAGAGGCUGAGUACAAGUCCACUUCCUCGUCUUCUGUAGCCAUGGCCAGUCAACGGCGCCAACUCAUCGAAUUGCUCAUCUCUAGAGGCGCACGCCUAAGCGACCGCAAUGCCGACGGUCGGACACCACUGCACGUGGCCGCCUCGUCUGGCUGCGUGGAGGCCAUUCUGUGUCUGGCCCAGUUUGGCGCCCAGGUCAACGCCACCGACGCCCAGGGCUACAGUCCCCUCCACCUGGCCUCGGCCAACGGCCGCGCAGUCGCUGUGCGGCUGUUGCUGGACAACCUCGGCGCGGACAGGUCGCUCACCACGGCCAACAACGGUCUCACCGCCCUCCAGCUGGCUACGUCCGACCGCGUCCGCCGCAUGUUCUUUGAACCGACGUCUUCUGCCGCCGCCGCCGCCGCAUCCACCGCCGUCGUCUACCCCUGUGGAGACGUCAGUCCCGACCCCCUGAUUUCACCUUCCUCCAUGACUACAGCGUGUACGUCAAGGCUGGGUAGUUUGUUCGCUUCAAGAGACCAUAGCUGUCACACCAGCGGUGUUUCUUCCUCCACAGCCCUCCCGCCGGAACCAAAACCACCACUCACAUCCGCGACAGAGGCUUCAAAGAGCACCGGCGGUUCAGGUGAUUCUCCAGGUCAUCAAAAGACCACCGCUUCAGCGCCCUCCCAGUCCACCCCGCAGCCCCCUGUCUACGUGAGCGGCAGCGCAAGCAACGCCAAUAAAUCCAGCGGUGCCCUCGUUGGGGUUGGCACGACCCCCACCAGCAACACCGCCUGGGCCGGUGUCGUUCUCCAACUCCUCGAAGCCGCCAAGGCCGGCGACGUGGACAUGGUGUGUCGUCUGGUGGUUGCCUACCAGACCUCCGAUGGAACUGUUGGAGGAGGCGGCAGCGGCGGCGGGUUGGUGGUGGGCUGCAAGCCGCCCACCGAUCUCAUCAACUGCCGCGACAUCGACGGUCGCCACUCCACGCCGCUGCACUUCGCCGCCGGCUACAAUCGUCUGGGUGUUGUGGAGGUGCUGCUCAAAUUCGGCGCUGACGUCCACGCCAAAGACAAGGGUGGCCUUGUUCCGCUACACAACGCUUGCUCCUACGGACACGCUAAAGUGGCCGAAUUGUUGAUUCAAAACGGCGCGAACGUGAACGUCACAGAUCUCUGGCGGUUCACGCCGCUUCAUGAGGCAGCUGCGAAGGGCAAAUUCGACAUCUGCCGCCUCCUUCUCAAACACGGCGCCGACCCAAAACGCAAGAAUCGCGAUGGUCACAGGCCCAUCGACCUGGUGAAGGACACGGAUAGUCUAGUCUACGACCUCCUACGUGGGGAUGUUGCCGUUCUGGAGGCUGCAAAACGUGGCAACCUGGCGAAGAUCCAGCGCCUCGUCACUCCAGAGAACAUCAACUGUCGCGACACCCAGGGCCGCAAUUCGACGCCGCUGCACUUGGCCGCUGGCUACAACAACCUAGAGUGGGUUCUGCAAAGCCUUACAUUCCUCCUUUCCCCAAAUCUUUCACUUCCUCUCCUCCUAACCUCCUCCUACACCCCGUGUUCCCCCUGCUUACCCCGUGCGCUAUUCUUCACCAAGGUAGUCGACUUUCUGCUCGAAGCCGGCGCUGACGUCAACGCGCACGACAAGGGCGGGCUGAUUCCGCUGCACAACGCCAGCUCCUACGGCCACGUCGAUGUGGCCGCCUUGCUCAUCCGUCACGGGACCUCGGUGAACGCCGUCGACAAGUGGGGCUACACGCCCCUCCACGAGGCCGCACAGAAGGGUCGCACGCAGCUCUGUUCCCUUCUCCUAGCACACGGCGCAAACCCCCUCGCGCGCAACGAAGAAGGUGGGUCUGUGUUCUCAGAUGUGUGUCUUGAAGUUGUGGAUGUGUCGUCCGAAGAUUGCUCUUCUCCUCAUAAUUCCCAGACUCUCGAAUUAGAUCCACUGUUGAAGGGGCCUCGUGGCGUAAUCGCCGGUACAUCAGCUUCCGCCGUACUGAAUUCCCUUGUGGCUGGCGGACGUCAAACAGGUCACGUCGCAUUUGUGGCUACGCAUGCUUCCCUCACUCACUCCCCCGUCCCCCCUUCCACCUGUGCAGGCCAGACGCCGCUCGAUUUGGCCACCGCGGAGGACGUCAAGUCGUUGCUCUCGGACGCCAUGCCCGCAGCCAGCGUCGUCGUGGGCGCGCCUCCAGCCAGCCUGCCCCUGCACGUCUCCCACCUCCAACAGGCUGCCGAUGGCCCCCGUACCGAGGGUCAAGGUCGCGAGGCGGCCAGAUUGGAUGGUGGAGGUGGCGUCCAGCAGGCAACCACCUCUACCGUUGCCGCCACCGCCACAGCACCGAUUGUCUCCACGUCGAGCUUCCUGACUACCCUCGGCCUCGAGCACUUAGUGGAACUGUUCGACAGGGAACAGGUCACUUUGGACGUCCUCGUGGAACUGGGUCACGAGGAGUUGAAGGAACUCGGAGUGGUCGCCUACGGUCAGCGCCACAAGAUCAUCAAGGGUGUCAGCCGUUACCGAUCGCUCAUUGCCGCCACGCCAGCGGUGCAGGCUUUGGAGAAUGCCGGCGCAGCUACCGUCGUCCCUACUCGUGGAGGUGCCCCAGGGGGUCACUUUAGGGGUGUCGGGGUGCACGAACCGAUGCCCCCGGGCUCCGACUUCUUCCCUGCUGCCGCCUCCACGGAAACCGUCUUCGUGGACUUGCCUCGUGACUCCGCCGAGUUCAAGGAUGUCGAGGAACAGUUCCAGAACAGCAUUCGUCAGCACAAGGACAGUUGUGGAGGCGUCUUCCAGCGUCUCCACGUGCUGGAGAUAACUCGAAUUCGCAACCGACGCAUGUGGGACCGCUACAUGCACCGGUGUACCGAGAUCGCGGAGGACUGCAGCGGCGGGCACUACAACGAACGCUUCUUGUUCCACGGCUCGCCAUUCCUCCACUCCAUUGUCACGAAAGGCUUCGACGAACGACACGCCUACAUCGGUGGGAUGUUCGGCGCUGGCAUCUACUUCGCCGAGAACUCGUCCAAGUCGAAUCAGUACGUCUACGGCAUCGGCGGUGGCUCUGGUUGUCCCAGCCACAAAUCCCGUUCGUGCUACGUUUGUCCACGCCAAAUGCUGCUGUGCCGCGUGGCCCUGGGUCGAUCGUUUAUCCAGUUCAACGCCAUGAAGGUUGCCCACGCGCCACCUGGCCAUCACUCCGUCGUGGGACUACCGUCGGCCGGUGGUCUCAACUACGCCGAAUACGUGAUCUACCGGGGGGAGCAGGCCUACCCCGAGUACCGCAUCACCUACCUACUGGUGCCCGCAUCCGAGUCCCCCACCAGUCCCCCUGCUGUACCCAGCACUGCCGUCGCCGUCGCCGCCACCCCCAACCCCCUGACCUCGCGCCAAGCUGGCCGGCCCGCUCCAGGCGGCCCCAGCAACACCACCUAA